AUGAAUUUUAAUCUUUCACGGGAACAAUUUCGAACUAUGAUAUUAUAUGACUGGAAAAUUGAGUUAACGCACAAUGAAAGUCAUGCCCGUUUGUUUCAUGAAUUUCAACGUGGCGAAUAUACUAUUGAAGAUGCUGCUCGCCCAGGCCGUCCUCGAACUGCUGUCAAUGAAGAAACAAUUGAUGCGGUUCGCGCAAUAAUCGAGAAUGAUCCCCAUUCAGCAUAUGAACAAAUAGAAUACAUCCUAAGCAUUGGUUCGCCAGCGGUUAAUUCAAUUAUUCAUGACUAUUUGAAGUUACGGAAGGUUUGUGCUCGGUGGGCGCCUCAUCAGAUUACUGAAGAUCAAAAACAGCUACGUGUUGAAUUUUGCCAACAAUCAUUGAAGAGAUUUGAAGAAGGUCGAUCCCGUCGUGUAUUUGACAUUAUUACUGGCGAUGAACCAUGGUUCUAUCAUUAUGAUUCAACAACAAAAGAACAAUCAAAAGUAUGGGUGUCAAAAACUGACCCACGAUCAACUAAAGUUCAUCGAGUCAAAAGUUCAGGCAAACAAAUGGUGACUAUUCUCUUUAUGAAAUCUGGUUUAAUCAAGUAUAUACCAUUGGAACCAGGUGAUACAAUAAAUGCUACUUGAAAAUGGAUUCGCUUCCCAUGUCAAGGGGCCGGUAAUUGGACCGGUAAAACCGCCGGUUUUCAUUACCUGGGUUAUAAAUCCAACGAUUCAAUAUAUUUCAAUACAUUAAAAUUCAAUACAAAAAAUCCAUAUGCAAAAUUAAUACUUGAUCAAAUGAUUGAUUUUGCUGGAUUGAGUAAAGGUGCAGAAAUAUUAACAACAUCAGAACCGAAAAACAAAAAAAAAGAAGAAUAA